AGAUGCACGAUGUUUUCUUUUCUUCAAAAAAUUCUAUUUCUGCAUCUAUCUCUACCAUUUUCAAAGCAAGCAGCAGCUGUUUUUAUUGCAACUUAAUGGCGUUGGCAAGUUCAAAUGAUCCCCACAAGACGAUCCUCAUUACUGGAGUGAGCCAAGGACUAGGAAGAGCUUUAGCGUUAGAGUUGGCAAAGCGUGGUCACAUCAUUGCUGGUUGCGCUCGCAAUAAAAACAAAUUGGAUUCGCUUCACACAGAGCUCCUCCAGGCUUCCCCCUGCAACAAUUUGCUCUUUAACAUCGACGUGAAAUCAAGUAGCUGCGUCAAAGACAUGGCACACACAAUCAUGAAAAAGAUUGGCGCGCCUGAUAUAAUUGUAAAUAAUGCAGCUGUGUACCAUGACCAUUUAAAGAUGUGGGAGGUUCCUGAACAAGAGUUUGAUUACGUUAUUGAUGUUAAUAUAAAGGGAACCACGAAUGUGUUGCGUCACUUCCUUCCUCUAAUGAUUCCUAAGAACCAAGGUGUCAUUGUUAAUCUAUCUUCCAUCUAUGGAAGAACAGGAGCUGCCUUGGCUUCCGCAUAUAGUGCGUCAAAAUGGGCGAUUGAGGGGUUAAGCAAAUCAGUUGCAAAAGAGGUACCCGAUGGAAUGGCGAUUGUGGCAUUAGAUCCUGGUAUUAUAAAUACAGAGAUGCUUGCGUUCCGCUUUGGCGAUUUAGCUUCUCAAUACCAAUCUCCCGAAGAAUGGGCUUUGAAGGCCGCUCCAAUGAUUCUGAAUCUUACCAAUGCUGAUAAUGGCGCAUCUCUCAUUGUUGAUGAUCCCGGUAUUCUACCUGGCUGACAUGUUUUAUGUAAGCCAAAAAUAUUAAAGACAUUAAUCACUACUCAAGCGCAUAUAUGUAAUGAAUAAGAGUAUGUUGAAAUAGUAAUGACAGUCAAUGUGGAUAUAUC